AUGAAUGUUAUCACACGGAUUCUACAAGAAGAAUUUCUGCAUUUGAGAGUUCAACCGAUUUGCAAAACAUGGCACAGACACCUUUUUCUUCUUUCCCACGAAUAUGCUAAAAGAAUAAAUGCUGUGAUUGAAUUAAAGAGAUAUAAUUUUCACACCUACAACAAGAUCACAAAAUUUGAGAGAAAAAAUAGUACUAUUUACAAUUCUGGAGAUGAGCUAGAAGAAACAUUAAAAGUUGUUGAUAAAAUUUUGAAAGAAAGUAAUUUCUACAUAUAUGUCAAAAGAAUAACAAACGAUGAGGUAAUUCCAAAAGAAUGUGGAAAAGAUGUAGACACUUUUAAAAUGAUUCGUAUAUUAAAUAAAAUACUGCUCCUAAGUAAAGGAAAUGCUGACCCCAACUGUAAUAUGAAAAUAAAUAUAUGGCAGAACCCUAUCUUUCUUGAUUUUCUCAGCUACAUGAAACUGAAAAUUCCAUCUUUUAAUUACCAUGAAAUGUUUCUUUUCGUUUUAUGUUUUUCCAAAAUACAGUUUAUGCCACAAAUGUUAAUCAAAGAAGUGUUAUUAAUUGCACAGGAAAAAACCUACGUAAAUAAUUUUUUUAAAGAGGAUACCAAUAAAUUUUUUCAGUUUUUUUUCGCUCUCUCUUGCAUUCAAAAUGUGAGAGGGAAAGGGGAAGCACGUUCACUAUUCAUCAACUUUGCGAAUUCCUUCGUCCAAGUCAUUUUGGAUUUUCUCUCAUCUGCCCAAGUAGAGGAAGAAACUACACAAGAGGAAGAUGAAGCACCAAACGAGCGUAGUUCUGGGAGGAGUAUAAAUCUGGAAUGCUACAUGCUACUGUGUUCAUCAAUGCACAAUGCAAACAUAAGGAACGUGAACUUGUUGAACCAUGUAAGCAAAGAACUUUUAGAAGUAGUUAAUGAAAAACGUUGGAGAAAAAAAGAAGAAGAGAUUGAGACAGGGAAGAGACUAAUUAAUAUUUACUUUACAUUUGCCUCGUUAGGGUGUGAAAAUUAUCAUUUCUAUGAUAAAUUAAAUGGGUAUUUAUAUAACCUCGUAGAUGAAUUACCAUUUUCAAGCUGUUUAACAUUACUAUUAUCAAUAUCAACAUUAAAAGAACAAAAAUAUUUUAAUUUUCCUCUUUGUAUACUCUCAUUACUAGAGAAGAAAUUUAGUCAUAAUUUUUAUGCUCUAGAUGCAAAAGAUUUGCUUCUACUAAUAUAUUUAUUUACAUAUUUGAAAUUGUACUUAUCCAAUUUUAAUUCGUAUGCAUAUAUGCUAGAUUAUCUCCUAAACUUUCAUCAUUUUGAAGCAUCAAAUGAAGAUGAAAGAGUUAAGCUAUUCCAAAUUUAUGUUACCUUAGUGAAUUCAGAUCGUCCAAAUGAAUCAUGUGAAGUUUACCACACAAAACGGAAGUGGGAAGAAUCUAAUAUAUUAUCCGAUCAAGAUAUAUGUCAUUCAGAAAUGAAUGAUAAAAAAGUUAUUCACAAGGAUAUAAAAGGAGAAGAUAUAGAAGAAAAACAUAUUCAUCGAAAAAAUUUGGAAAAAAUUUUAAGAAAAAAUAAGAAAAAAAUGGAGAUCAACAUGCCGUUAGACAAGGAAAAGGAUCCAUUACAAUAUGAAGAUGAAAUACAAAAUGAAAUUGAAAAUUUGCUAGCAUUGCUUCAUCAUUUUAGUGGAAAAAAUUUUCAUAUCCAAAAUUUAAACAAAAAUGGAAUUAUACUUAAUUACUACCUAAGUCAUAUUCAUUUCGAUAUUGAAAAAGUGGAAGGAAACAAGAAAAUGAAACCACAAAAAGUUGUUAUUAAUUUUGAUACUGAUAUAACUCACAUUUCUGAUGACAGCUCGUUGUUCUUCUCCUCCUCCCCCUCCUUUGAUAUAUACACAAACAUGAAACGACAACACUUGACUAAUUUAAACAUUAAAUGGCUUUCAAUUAAACUUCACCAGUGGAAGGAUUUUACCCAUGAGGAGAAAAAGAAGUUUAUAGAAUUUAAACUGUCUCACAUCUGUUUUCAAGAACCGUCUUCUGUGCAGUAA